GGUAUCGGCCAUCCUUGCACCAGACGGAUAGUGGGCAAUAGAGGUGCGCCACAGAGCACCAUUGGGACAAUCGAGACGUCAACUCCCCUCCCCUGACGAGCGUGAUCGAGGCAAGACGUGCAUAUUCUAGAGCAUCGCAAACUAAUGCAAUCCUUCAGACUCGGCGCGCAUGUGCUCUCUCGCAAGGCCUUCGCCGGAGAUGAGCAUCCGGCUUCGUUUUAUGACGCGUGCUGAAGGCAUGAUAUGUGCUCAACCUCCAUUCAGGGCUUCAAGUGCUUUCAUGAUGUCGUGCGAGGUUGAUGGUCACACUUUCACCCUUCCUCACGUUCCCUCACACGCUGAGCUGCGAGUGCCCGCACUGGUGGGUCGGGAGCGAGCUCAUUCGAACGAGGAGUUCAUGUGUAGUGCAGUCAACCAAGUCAACCAAAUAUUGCGAUGCUGAGAGGGAAGUGCGAUGAGAGGGGGGAAAACCAGUAUAGUAGAUC